AUAUUUCAUUGAGUUAUAAAUUUACCUAUUACUUUUUUAAUUAUAUUUAAUUUUAAAUUAAGAAACUGCACAGGUGUAUAGAAUUUACUGAAAAAUGCCAGCAAAUUAUGAAAUCACAAAAAGUUGGGCAGAUGAGGUUGAAGAUGAGGGAUCAAUAACACUUCCUCCUCCCACUGUUGUGUAUGAAAAUGACUUCAAAAUAAUGACAGAAUAUAAGUUGAAUGAUGACAAUAAAAAGGUUAAAGUUGUUCGCACAUAUAAAAUUGAACGCCGUACAGUUUCUAAAACAAUUGCUGUUCGGAAAAAUUGGUCCAAAUAUGGAGAUUCAUUGGAUGAUGGUCCUGGCCCUAAUCCAGCAACAACAGUUAUUGCUGAGGACGUAUUUAUGCAAUUUCUUUCUAGUAAAGAAGAAGAAAAUAAAGUGGAAGAAGAUUCACUGGAUAAAUUGAAAAGUAUGGGAGAUAAAGGAGUUGUUAAGUGUCGUAAUUGUAAUGGAGAGCAUUGGACAUCAAAGUGUCCAUUCAAAGAUACAGUUCUUGGAGGCCUUCCAGAUGAUAAGAAACUAUCAAUUAAUCCAACUGCGGGAGUUCCUGGUAUGGGUGAUAUGAAUAAGCCACAAGGCAGCAAAUAUAUUCCUCCUAGUAUGCGUGAUGGAGGUAAUAAACGUGGUGACUCGAUGCUAAUGCAGCGUAGAGACGAUACAACAGCUAUUAGAAUAUCCAAUUUAUCAGAAAAUACAACAGAUACAGAUUUAGAAGAAUUAGUUAAGAAGUUUGGCGCAAUUCAUAAGUUUUAUUUGGCAAAAGAAAAAAAUACAAAUGUUUGUAAAGGAUUUGCUUAUGUGCAUUACAAAACUAAAGAAGAUGCUGCUAGAGCAAUUAAUGGUUUGCAUGGACAUGGAUAUGAUUACUUAAUUUUGAGUGUAGAUUGGUCUAAGCCACCAGCACAAAAUAAUUAAUUUA